CUGUUUUAAUGAAUAUAGCAUGGCAACACCAUAUUUUUUCUGUCAAAGCCAAUCAGCCGUAGUAGUUCUGAAAUAAUAACAAAAAUUCCAUUGCAGCUAUUUUGGCAUUAAAUUACAUCAAAAUGGAUGAUAAAUAUGAAAGUGUUAAACUUGUCUAUAGUAUACACAAGUACUCAAGUUAUUCCGCCAACUAUAUACCCGAGAAUAUCAUGGUAAAUAACCCCACAGACCAGCUCUCCAGAUGGUUCACAGACAGCAACAUUCCAUCACAGUUCAUUAUGUUAAAACUGAAAACACCUUCUAUUGUGGAAUUUAUUAAAUUCGGAAAGUACAUAAAAGCCCAUGUCAGUGACCUGAAGAAAUUUCAAAUUUUUGGUGGGACGGAAGAAAAUAAAUUGUCCCUUUUACUAACCGCUGGUCUCAAGAAAGACAGUGCGGCAGAGAUAUUCAAGCUCCGCUGCAAGACAUCAGAAGGCCUAUACCUCCCCGUUCAGUACAUCAAGAUAGUUCCCCUACAGUCAUGGGGUCCAGCCUACAACUACACCAUAUGGUAUGUGGAGCUCACUGGGAAGAACCAGGAGCAAAUCGUCAGCAAUGCUUUGGAGACCAUCAAUUUACGUAAAGAAGAAGAAGCAGUGCGCAUGCUGUUAAAGCACUUGCGUCGCCGUCGCUACAAGGACGCAUUCGAAGCGCUCUCACGAGAGAGUGGGGUGCGCCUCGAGGGACCCAUUCAGGCACGGUUCUGGAACGCACUCGUUGAGAACGGCGAUUACAAACAAGCUGAAAAGAUAUUCGAUGAAGCUAUUGCUGAGGGUGAGUUAGACUGGUACAUGUCGUGGCAGCCGUACUCGCCACUGUGGCGGGAGAUAUCGUCGUGCUCCUCGCAUGUGGAGGACCGGCUGUGGAGCACUGACGCCCCGCCCGCCCCACCAGUCAGGCAGAACGAUCUGAUCUGCACUGACAGGGACCCGAGACCUGAUACUACUGAGGGGCCGACAGACGACAUGGAUGCGAGCGACAUGGCCGAGGCGAUGAGCGUGGCCCUGAGCUACAACAAGCCCGGCCCGCGCGGCGGACAUCAGCUGGUCGUCGACGCCACUACUGGUACGUUAUACCUGUUCGGUGGUUGGAACGGCAUCGAGGAUCUAGACGAUCUCUGGUCGUUCUGUACCAACACGGAGCGCUGGAGGCUCCUGUGCCCCAACAGUGGGCAGGCCGGUGGACCCUCGCCCAGGUCCUGCCAUAAGAUGGUGUUCGAUCCUGUGCAUCGACGCCUGUUCACUCUUGGCCGGUAUCUCGAUAAUGCGCAACGAAUACCUAGCAACAUGAACAGCGACUUACACAUGUUCGACGUGACCACUGAGGAGUGGUCGUUGGUCUGCCACGACACGGCGACGAUGGGCGGCCCGCGCCUCGUCUUCGAUCACCAGAUGUGCAUCGACCCUGACACGCAGACCAUCUACGUGUUGGGGAGGGUGCUGCCUGCUCUCUCCGAGGAGGUGGUGAGCCCGCAGUACUCGGGGCUGUACGCGUACUACAUCGCGACGAACUCGUGGCAGCUGCUGCUGAGCGACUCGCACGAACUCAACGCGCCGCAGGCACGCGUCUCGCACUCCAUGCUGUUCCAUCCGGUCCAGCGCCGCCUCUACAUGUUCGCGGGUCAGCGCAACAAGGAGCACCUCGUAGACCUGUGGUGGUGGGACGCCGCCACCGGCCAGUGCGGCGCGCUGUGCCGGGGCUCCGCCGCGCCGCCGCCGCCGCAGGCUGGGUUUACUCAGCGAGCUACCCUCGACCCUGAUACUGAUGAGAUGUUUGUGCUCUCUGGUAUGAGCAAAGAGAAGGACAAGCGCGUGUACAACACGCUGUGGGUGUUCUCGCUGCGGCGGCUGACGUGGACGUGCGUGUACCGCAACGACAGCGUCAGCCCCAGCGAGCCGCGCCCGCGCUUCGCGCACCAGCUCGUCUACGAUCCCGUCAAGAAGAUUCACUACCUCUUCGGCGGCAACCCCGGCAACCAGUCCAGCCCCCGUGUUCGCCUAGAUGACCUGUGGUCCCUGCGCCUGCGCCGCGCAUCACUACAGGGGGCAGCUCUGUCGGCGCGGUCGGCGCUGCGCGAGGCGUGCUACAAGGAGCUGGCGGCCGCCGCGGCUGCGCAUCCCGACCCUGCCGCCGCCGCCACCGCGCUGCACUACCUCAGGAAUGAUCUGUUUGAGGUGCUCGACCAGAAUCGACCGGACCAGGUGCUCCGCUUCCAGCGCCUGGCGACGAUCUUAUUCUCAGGCACGGCGCCGUCCGAGGGCGCCGCGUGUGCCCUGUCGCCCCGCAGAGCCCGGGCCCUGGCGCGCCGGCGCCACGCGCAGCCCGUGCCCUGCGAUCUCGCGACCGCACUCGCACAGGUCCUAGGCGCCGACGACACAGCCCCCGAGCCGACCACACCGUUCGAAGAGACCACUGAGCCGACCCCAGAGACCUGGGACGUCGGCCAGGAUGACGAACUCUCGGCCGAGCGCGAGAAGACCGCGCAGUGGAACGCGCGAGCUCAGCGCAUCAAGCUGUAUGACGCGCUCUGCAUCUUCUUCCGACCCUCCAUGGUCCCGCCCAAGGGAGACAUCACCGAUCUUGUCAUGCUGUAAACUGAUGCUAAACUAUGGUGAUAGGUAAGUCUCAUCAAAAAAAAUGUUCGGGAAACAUUGUCGGUAGCUAUUUGCGUUUUAAAAACACAAAUGCUUAUGUUUUUGCUGUACCGGUAUAUUUAUGUCUAUUUUAUUGUUUACAAAUGUCAAAAUCAGCAUAAAUAAUGUUCCUACUUACGUAAACUUAUUGAUAUUCGCAAAAUCCACCUAUCACCAAAAAAUCUUCGUUAAAAAAAACUAAGUCCAAAACAUUUUAGUGAUAUGUACCUUUAUCACAACUACAUUGUAUUGAUGUCUUAUUUAUUGCCGUGUACUGUUAUUAUUAAUAAACAUAUUAUUAUAUCACACUUCGUAAGUAAUGAUAUGAAUACCGUAGUAUUUGUAUUGAUGUUUUUCUGCGGGUUGUGAGAACAACGUUGUUUUAAGAUUCACACAAAACGAGCUGGUAUCGUUUCCAAUGAUAAAACAUUGGCCCAGUGAUGUUGUAAGCAGUUCAAGGUAUCUGGAAAGGCCAUAAAAAUCUAGAAAGGAUUUUUUGAAGAUUGAAAUGACUGCCUGCAUAGCAGGUAAGUCUAUUUCCACUGUUUUGGCUAUUCUAGAAAUUACAAUACCAAUGAAAUCAUUUUAUAGAUGAAUUGGUGGAUCUUCACCGUUGUUCUCAUGUCCACGCUAAGUAAACCACAGAUGUAAAACUGCAUGUUUACGAAUAUUAUCAUUAUAAUACAUACAAUAUAUCUUUAACGUAACAAAUGUAAUCGUACUCUAUUCUCUUUAUGUACUACUCAAUGUAUUUCACAAGUGACAAUAUUUUGUAGCCACACAUAUAAAAGUAUAAUUUAUUUUAGUUUUCAGUAAUGUCUGUUUUUUGGACAUGGUAUGAGCAUUUUUAAGUUUAACGAAUAUAUUUUUAAUUACCUAUUGCAAGACUGACAUAAUGACAAAGAUUGGGUGGAUCGGUGUUCUUCUUGAAUUGCUAUUUAUCUACUAAUAAGUUGAAGUUAAGAACUGAAAUAGUUCUCCCACUGCGACUCGUCAAAACUUAAAAUUAUACAUAUCUGUGACUUUUUGCUCAAUAGUCACCAUACGUGUUCAUAAGCUUUAUAUAAUCUCCACUAUUAGUCAGCAUUUUGAAUAGGCCAUCUUCCGAUUCCUAAUAACAACCACUAACAACUACAAGGAAUCUAAUUCAUUGCAAGCUAUAGUAUUUACAUUAAACAGUCAAUCAUUUUGUCAAUCUUGCAAGCUGUGUGCAGCUAACUGUGGGGUGUACGCCGCAGCUGUAGCAACUAAGAGGCUCGUUUCCUUUAUGAAAUUGUAAAUAUCUAACUAUAGAAAUUCUCAAAGAAUGUACCUAUGAAUAAGCGUGUACGGCGGUGUUCCCAAGAAGUCUAGUCAGCAUUGAAUACUGAGUUGUACGCGGUACAUUCUAACACAUUAAUACUAAAAGACAUUUUGCAUUUCACUCAAAUAUUAUAAGUAAAUAGUUUUGGAAAACAUAAAUUGUUCAUUGACUUAACACCUUUUUUUCGAAUUAAAAUACAAUCAAUGUAACCUGUGACAAAACAAUGCACAUUAUAAUAGUCAGCUUUUUAGAAUUAGUAAGAUGGGGCGCGUGUGUUUACAGACUGUGAUAAAGUUGCUGUUAUCGAUAGAUGUAAUUAUCUGAGUAAGGGAUCUGCCACGGGAGGGUGUAGGGGGAUGUUGCCAAAUUAUACUACUAUCACAGGGAAGGAAUGUCUUAUGUGUAUUUUAUUUUCCAUGUAAUCACGUACUUUUACAAAUAAUAGUUUUAAAUUAUCGUUAGUGUACAAUCAAGCACAUUAUUAUAUUGAAUUGUAUUCGAUGACAGAACAGUUGACUGUGUUUUAGCAUUUGAUGUCUUGAAUAAGUUAUCAGCUACAUAGUGUUAAAUUCAGUAAUGUUUAUGAAUAAUCUUAUAUUUAAGAAUGUCAGCAGGUUCUUGCUUUGUAGUCGUCACAGUAUUUACAGUAGGAUGGUACUUGGUUUACUAAAUGUAUUCAUGUUUAAUUGAUGUUCAAUGUGAAAUUCAGUGUUAUGUAGAUCAAUAUGUGCAGUUGGAAUUUGAAAUUAUUGUAGUAUUUAUUGACAAUUCCAACCAGCAAAAAUCACAUUCAGAAAAUAUUGAAAUUGAUAAGAUAUAAUCUGCACUACGUAAGACUAUGUUAUUCAUACGUAAAAUUAUAUAAUCCGUAGUGAAGCUCAAUGUAAAUUUUAGAUCAUUUUACUCCCAAAUGCUCGUGAUGUACUAGCUGUACAGUCUACAUAAGUUGUGUGCACACAUUUAUGUUGCCAACUGUACCUUGUCCCGAAAUACUCGAGUGUAUCUGUAAAUAUUAGUGUUAUAUCACGUAAUUAAGAGAAAUUACGUACGUACGCACGAGACGUCUUGUAAAUAAUGCAUUUUUAUUCGUGUAAGAGUAAAUUAUUUGUUUUCAAUUUGUAACUUGAAGCAUUCUCAGUCUGUAUGUACAUAAUAUAUGCGUAUUAAACUCAA